GAAGAAGAAGAAGAAGAAGAAACUGGUGGGUUGGUCUUCUUUCCUUCUUUCUCUUCUGCUGUACUCAUUUCCAGAGCUAGCUAGCUACUUGUACACUUAAUGUGGUCUACCUAGCCUAGCCUAGCUCUCCUUUUCUUAGACAAAGUAGCUAGCUAGCUGCAUGGUUUCCUUUCUUUUUGAGUUAAAACCCUUUUCUUGAAUUGUUCUUUCUUCAAUCAAUCUCUUCGAUCUGUAACUAAAACUGCGUAUUGAUAUUUCAAAGGAACCAGCAGCAGAAGGAUGGGGAGAGGGAAGAUCGCGAUCAAGAGGAUAGAGAACCAGACGACUCGGCAGGUGACCUUCUCCAAGCGCAGGAACGGCCUGCUGAAGAAGACCCACGAGCUGUCCGUGCUUUGUGAUGCUCAGAUCGGUCUCAUCAUCUUCUCCAGCACCGGCAAGCUCUGCCAGUACGCCUCCGACCCCUUCAGGAUGGAGCAGAUCAUAGAGAGGUAUCAGAAAGCAACGGGCACCCGCAUCCCUGAGCACGACAAUCGGGAACAAGUGCUGGGGGAGCUGGCGGUGCUGAGGAGAGAGACGAAACAGCUCCAGCUGAGCAUGAGGCGCUACACCGGCGGCGAGGAAAUGGCCUCCAUCCCUUUCCACGACCUGGAGCAGCUGGAGCAGCAGCUCGAACGCUCCGUCACCAAGGUCCGCGACCGCAAGAACGAGCUGUUGCAGCAGCAGCUGGAGAAUCUACGCAGGAAGGAGAGGAUGUUGGAGGAGCAGAACGGCAAUAUGUUCCGUUGGGUGAGCAUAUACAGUACUAAUUUCGAAAUUCAGGAGAAUCGGGCAGCGUUGGAGUAUCAACAGCACCACCACCACCAAGCGCAGGUGGCUGCAGCAGCAGCAGAAGCGAAGCCAAUGGAGCAUCAGCAUCAGCUUCUGCAGCAGCUACAAGAGCAGUUCCCAUUCUGCGGCGGCGAGCCCAGCAGCGUCCUCCAGCUCUCCACCAUCCCACCUCACUUCAGCCCUUACCAUCUCCAGCUCGGCCAGCCCGACCCUCUUCAUCCACCUCCUAGUUCCGCCGCUGACCUCUAGAAGCUUGAUCAUCGCCCAUCCAUCUCACAUCACAUAUAUACCAUACAAUCUGUCUAUCUAUCUAUCUAGCUUCUCCUGAUUUCGAUUGUUGGUACACUUUGGACUACAUCCUUGACAAUGAUUCAUGUGGAUUUAAUUCAAUUCUAGUAGUACUUCAUUCUUGUAUUGAGUUCUAAGCCAACUAAUCCAACUUCAACAACCAGACUAUACAAUCUGUACAUAGACAUGAAUCUCAACAAAAUCGAAUUAGACCACAAGACUGUACCCAGUAGUUUUCUUCACCCCUUUCCUCUCCAUCGCCCCUCUCGUAUCCCUGCAUUCAUCCCACCUUCUCACCUCGGCAUAAACAUUCGCCAGCCCGACAUACCUCCCGUCGUUAUCGGGCUGCAUCUCGAUCAGCUUCCUCCCUAUUACCUCUGCAAGAUCGAGCCUUUUGUGGUUCAAGCACCCGCUGAAGAGAGCGCCCAACAUCGAAGGAGUUGGCUCGACCGGCAUUCGUCCUAGAAACUCGUAUGCUUCUGCCACCUGACCAGCUCGAGCCAGCAUAUCGACCAAGCAAGCAUAGUGCUCGCUCUUGGCCGCCAUGGCAUGUUUUUCAAGGCAAACGAAGAAGUACCAUGCUUCGUUCACCAACCCUCUGUGCGCACAAGCGCUCAACAAGCAUAAAUAUGUGAUCUCGUCAGGUUUUAUCCGGGCCUUUUGCAUCUCAGCGAACAAAUGAAGACCUUCUUCGAGCAAACCAUGCGUGGAAAGCCCACCAAUCAUGGCGUUCCAGAUCAACACGUCGGUUUUCUCGACAGGAAACUCACGGAAGACCUUCAGAGCUUCCUCUACUGCUCCGCAUUUCGCGUACAUGUCGACAAGAGAAGUUUGCAGGACCAGAGUCUUGGGCAAGGAGUUGUGGGUGAUGUAGUCAUGCAUCUCCCUGCCUUUCUCGAGCUCGCUCAAGUGGGCACAGGCACUCAGAACGCUCACCAUGGUCACCUCAUUGGCUUUCGUUUCGGCAACCUCCUGCAUCUUCUCAAACAUCACCAUGGCUUCCUUGAAUCCCCCUGCUUUAACAUACCCAUCGAUCAAGGAGCUCCACGAGACGACGUCUCUCUCGGGCAUAAGAUCAAACACCUGACGCGCCAAAACCAUGUCUCCACACUUGGCGUACCCGUCCACCAUUGAGUUCCACGAGACCAGAUUCUUCACGGGAAUUUCGUCGAAUACCAUACGUGCACGAACUAUAUCCUUACACGACGCGUACAUAUGGACCAUGGAAUUCGCUAUAUACCUAUCGGAAUCGUACCCAGUCUUUGUUGUCCGCGCAUGGACUGAGAGGCCGAGUUUCAGCUCGAAGAGGCGGGACGAAGCCUUGAAAAGAAAAGGGUACGUGAGAUGGUCCGGGGGAACUCCGGCUCGCAGCAUUUGGACGAAAGCUGACAGUGCUCUACUUGGUGAUUUGGUGGCGGAGUAGCUUCUUACGACUGCAUUCCAAGCGAAGGUCGGAGCGGGAUUCGAGAGCCUUAAUAGAACCCGGUAGCAGUAAUCGAUGCAAUUCGAAUUGACGGGUUGGGAGAAAGACUCGAUUUUGGAGACGAAUGUAUCGACCUGAGGGAGGCACAGAGUGAUGACCAGAGCAUGAAUCUGCUUGAGCUGUGGCAAUGAGCUGCAUCUGGCGAGUAUGGAGAUGAGGGUCUCGUUCUGUACGCCAUUUUUGCAGAGCAGGGAAGACAUUCGACAUGAGAUUGUCGCUAACAAAAACAGAGCGCGAGGGCUCGCUCGCUCGAGCACUAUUAUGUUUCCGGUUUUUUAGAAAACUAGAAAUAAUACCCGCGCCUACGCCGCGAGAACUAAAUUUGCAAUAGCAAGACCAUAUGGUGGACAGUUAGUUGAUGAAAAGAUGGGUUCUUUAUAUUCUUCUCAGUGGUCUGGGUUUCAGAGUAUUGGUAGUGUGGUUGGCAGACCAUGUUAAGUUCCAUAGUUAAU